AUGCCCAGACGCCCUGUUAGGCGAGGCUCCAAGCCUCUCGGGGGCUCCACGCCCCAGAAUACGACGCCUAGUUCCUCUGCCGCGACUGCAUUGCCAAGCUCGGCAUAUUCGUCAACGUGUCCAUCCGAAGUUGAAGCCGACAAUGUCAACCAACUCCAAAUUGCUUCCCUGACGCUCGAUACGCCCCUAGUACCAUUCAGGCGCAAGAUUCGCGAGCCGGAAAAGCCCUUUCGCUUCCUCGAAUUGCCAUCCGAACUGCGUGUCAAGGUCUAUGAGCACUACUGGAGCAAUGCCGACCAGGUUCUGGACCUCGAACCCGGCAACCACAAGAGAUACCGCAAGGCACUCGGCCUUGCUCGUGCGUGCAAACAGGUCCAUGCCGAAGUAACUCAUUUCUUUUUCAGCUCCCGUGCCGUCCGAAUAUUCCCUACCUUUCCGGGCAAGUACUUCAAGUCAAAGAAGCCACUCUUGGCUCGUCUGAAACCGUGCCAACGUGGAUGCAUUACGGCGCUGGAGCUUCGACUUGGACCCGGCUGGACUGGCCCUCCUAGGGGAUGGGUAGUCAACGACGCCCUUGGCCUGAAAGACUGCAGCAAUCUUCGCAAAUUGACUGUAUACGUCGAGUGCGACCCAAGCGACUGCAUCUACGACGGGUUUCGUCGAUCGGACGGUUUCUACGAAGGCUUCUGCAGCAAAUUGCUCGGCAACGUACUGAGUGAAAUUCCCAGCCAUGUCGCCAUCGAGUUUGAGGGUUAUCCCGGCGUCAAGAAGUCGGGCGCCAUGAUGCGGGGUCUGCUCGAGGUCGCUUCUCAGUCAGGACGGCAAAUUCUCUGGGGACCCGAACGCGGAUGGACGGACGGGCCGGACAAGGACGAGGCGGAACGCAAUAAGGAGCGCGCGGCUCAGCUAUUCGAUACUGUCCUCAUGGAAGGCUACGCACCCCAUCACGGUAUGUUGGUAGUGGCGUAG